ACCGCGGAGGGCAAUACCUUGACGUGCCAGGAACCUCAGCGCCCUGAGAAUGCGAAGGAGGCUGGCCCGGUUUCUCUUUCUGUCUUCAACCAAUUGAGUUCUUAGUAGUUCACCAACGUGCUUUGUUGUGGCAGGUAGCGUGAUCAGUGACUCAACCGCUUCUCUGUGGCAGUCUGAUUUCGCGUGUGAACGAAAUAAGCGGGUGGCAUCAUUCCAGUUUUGAACUCCGCGAUAGAUGAAUGCCUGCUCAGCAGUCUUGCAUUUCAGCUUGCCAGACUUCGCAGCCUUCACACAGACGUGACAGAACACUUUCUCAACGGAGUCGUGCCAAUGAAGCCAAGGCCAGUUGUCGAACCAAGCAGCUUGAAAUGAUCUUGAUUUUGGGGCUUUUUUCCCAAACGAAACUUUUGGAAAUGAAGCACGGCGAGGCUGACAGGGCUGAUCACCGACAUCUGGAAUCCCGUCAAUCUGCAUAUAUAGCACACGAAAAUGACCGUCAUGGAAGAAGGUGGGCGUGUCUCUGGUAUUGAUGAAACGAACAUUCACGCAUCAGAAUACCCAUCAUAAUACGACUACGAGCCUUCUGGAGAUGUUUUGGCCAGCGAUUCUUUCCAUGUCGUUGUUUGGAUGUUGCUUUCGAUAGGAAUUAUUGGUAACAUUUUGGUUGUGGUGUGGAGACUUGCACAGAAAACAGAUCAGAGAUCGCCUCCUCUCUCAAUCCUCAUCAUCAUGCUAGCAGUUUCAGACUUCUUCUAUUGUGUUCACUUGCUUCUUCUUGAGAGUCUAGUCACUGAAUCUCAUUUAGGACAACAGAGGUUUUGGGAACAAGUCUCUACGAGUCAUGUGUGCAUUACAAGCUCCAUUAUGUCUGUGGUUUCUUGCCUCACAGCUCAGUUUGCAACUUUCAAUAUUGCAGUUUACUCGUUUCAAGCAAUAAACGGAUGGUGUUCUCGUUGUUGCUGUUCAAUAGUUCGCAAGCGAGUUGUGAUUAUCACAAUCAUCAGCCAAGUUGUUUUCGUCGUUGCUAGUAUUUUGACCCUGUUUUUCCUUAGCCAAUAUAGUGGUGCGUCGUUUUUGUCUGACUAUGAGGGCAGCUGGGUAGACAGACUUACUGUCCGUUACUCAAGUCCUGCACAAAUUACUGAGAUUUUUGGAAGUUGUGCUUUAGUUCAGUCAUGUGGUCUGUUUGGCUAUUGCGUCAAUGAGACUGAAUCAGUCUCACACGGCAACUACACCAUUGUAACUAACGAUCUCGAUGGUAUCUCUUGUGAAUUAGGUGUUGGCUUCAAUCCUAUUCUAGGAGCAGCUGGGGCAUCUCUAUGUACUUUUCUUACAUUGUCAUAUGUUGUUCUCUAUUUGAUAGUGUGCCUCACAGUUCGUAGAAGAGCCUCUCGUGGAAACCUAACAAGAACAUCUGACAUACACAAAUUUCAAUGGAGAUUGAGUGUAAUUGUUCUAAUAAACAUUGCAUGUUGGAUUUCCACAACUGCAUUGCAUUGGUCAAAAAUCCUUGGCUUUUCAUCUGAAAAUGUAGAUUCUACAAAAUCUCAGCAAUUUAACAAUGCUACUGCAGCAAUUGUUCUUCUCAUCUCAAUCAGUCCAGCAGUUAAUCCUCUCAUCUACACAUUCACAGGAAAGAACUUUUUACAUUCAAUUCGCAAGUUUUGUAGACGAAUGAAAUGCGACAUAUCUGUGAGACGAAACAGUUCCAACUACCAUGAUGAUCAAACUAGAGCAGUUGAACGUUGCAGCUGUAUUCCAUGGGUCAGAUGUGUUUACCAAAUUGAUGAAGACAAUGAUACAGAUCCUUCUGACUGGAAUUCUAGUCAGAGCAGACUCUUGCCGUCUACCAAUGAGUCAAGUCGAGAUCUUGUUGAUUUUGGAGCUGUUGCUCGUAACAUAGUCAUUCCUGCUCACAAAGUUUUCCAACGCAAAGAUUUGAUAUAUGAUCGAAGAUGCGACUUGAUUGGCAGAGGAGGGUUUGCUGACGUAUACAAAGCAGUCUUACAGGGAAACACCAUUGUUGCAUUUAAGAAACCAUUCAUUGGAGGAUCUCGUUUUACAGACAUGUACAGAGAUGAAUGGCAUCAUUAA